UUUAUUUCUCAAAGUUCUGGGAAAGUAUGAGUUCCGAUCUUUCAGUAACAUUAAUCACUAAAAGGCUUGAAGGGAAGGUUGUGUUGAUAACUGGUGGAGCUAGUGGUAUAGGGGAGUGUACGGCCAGGCUAUUUGUGAAACAUGGAGCUAAAGUGCUGAUCGCAGAUAUACAAGAUGAUCUUGGGCAGUCACUCUGCCAGGAAUUCAGCUCUCCAGAAACCAUUUCUUAUGUCCACUGCAAUGUAAGUAGCGACUCUGAUGUAAAAAAUGCUGUGGAUUUGGCCGUCUCCAGGUAUGGAAAGCUUGAUAUAAUGUUCAACAAUGCUGGAAUUUUAGGUAAUCCAGAUUUCAGCAACACAAGAAUCUUACCCACUGAAAAUCAAGAUUUCAAGAAAGUGAUUGAUGUAAAUGUGUUUGGUGCUUUCUUGGGCACCAAACAUGCAGCCAGAAUUAUGAUCCCAAACAAGAAAGGUUGCAUAUUAUUUACUGCAAGUUUAGUUUCUGUUUGUUGUUUAGAUUCUCCACAUGCAUACGCAGCAUCAAAACAUGCAGUGGUAGGGCUUGCAAAGAACUUAUGUGUAGAAUUAGGGCAAUAUGGGAUUCGAGUUAAUAGUAUUUCACCAUUUGCUGCUGCUACUUUUGCUGCUGCUACUCCUAUGCUAAGAAAUGCUUUCGGAAUGAUGGAGAAGAAAGAAGCUGAGGAAGUGAUUUCAUCAAUAGCUACACUGAAAGGAGUGGUAUUGGAAACCGAAGAUAUUGCUAAUGCAGCUUUGUUUCUUGCAAGUGAUGAAUCCAAGUAUGUUAGUGGAAUUAACUUAGUGGUUGAUGGAGGUUUUAGUCUUACUAAUCCUUCACUUGCAAUAGCAAUGCAAAGCUUGUUUUCUUAAGAUGGAGAAAUAAUUGCUCAAGGUAUUAUGCACUGGUUAUCAAUAAAUUUUUAUAGUUCUUGCUCUAUAUAUGUACUAUUUUCUCAAUAUUAUUAUCAAUAAA